AUCUACUGGGGUUUUUGGAGUAAAACGCGCCGUCGAGUGGAGAAGUAAAGCCAAGUCUGAGAACAAAGCAACCCCUCUGUCUGAGAAAAUCUCCGUCACUUCCUUCCAAUGGCUUCUCUUUGCGAUAUGAACGACAAUACCGCCGCUGAAGUCGCCAGUCUUCUUGCUCCGCUUCCAAGUCUCCAACUUCAGGAGGAGUAUUUCAAUCAGCUAAUAAGCAGUAGAAGAUGCCAUGGCCUCUUAGUAAAACAUAACGGCACCUUCGGAAAAGGUGUCUAUGCAAACUCAGAGUUUCAGGAAGAUGAACUCAUUUUGAAAGAUGAGAUUCUUGUUGGUAUCCAACACUCAUCCAACAAGGUGGACUGUUUGGUCUGCAGUUUUUGUUUCCGAUUCAUCGGAUCAGUAGAGAAACAAAUCGGGAGGAAACUCUAUUUCAAGAACAUGGGCCUCUCUGGUUGUUGUGGUGGUGGUGGUUCUGAAAGCAGUACUUCAAAUCAUAAUUCUCUUCCACAAGGAGUUGUUAGUUCUCUGAUGAACGGUGAAAUGGCCUUGCCUCAUACUGACAAGUUUCCUUUGCCUUCUCCUCUUUCGUGUCCAGGAGGAUGCCAAGAGGCUUUUUACUGCAGUGGAUCAUGCGCAGAGGCAGAUUGGGAAAGUUCUCAUUCUCUACUCUGCACUGGUGAGAGGUCUGAAUCAAUAUCUAGAGAAGCUCGUGGAGAGUUUAUUAAACAUUCUAAUGAGACAAAUGAUAUCUUUCUCCUGGCUGCAAAGGCGAUUGCCUUCACCAUUCUAAGGUACAGGAAGCUUAAAGCAGAACAUGUUAACAAACAAGCGAAGCAGAGUGUGUCAAAACAGUCACUACUCUUGGAGGCAUGGAAACCAGUAUCGGUUGGAUACAAAAGAAGGUGGUGGGACUGUAUCGCGUUGCCAGAUGAUGUUGAUCCGUCAGAUGAAGGUGCCUUCAGAACGCAGAUAAAGGAUCUUGCAUGCACGUCUUUGGAGCUCCUGAAGACAGCCAUAUUUGACAAAGAAUGUGAAGCCCUUUUCUCGCUUGAUAUAUAUGGGAAUAUCAUCGGCAUGUUUGAGCUGAAUAACCUAGACUUGGUGGUAGCAUCACCAGUAGAGGACUAUUUCUUGUAUAUUGAUGAUCUUCCAGACGCUGAAAAGGACAAAGCUGAGGAAAUCACAAGACCGUUUCUAGAUGCUCUCGGUGAUGAGUAUUCUGACUGUUGCCAAGGAACGGCUUUCUUCCCUCUGCAGAGCUGUAUGAACCAUUCAUGUUGCCCUAAUGCAAAAGCCUUCAAAAGAGAAGAGGACAGAGACGGACAAGCAGUUAUUAUUGCGUUAAGACGCAUCAGCAAGAACGAAGAGGUGACGAUUUCGUAUAUAGACGAGGAGCUUCCGUACGAAGAGAGACAAGCAUUACUUGCAGAUUACGGUUUCACCUGCAAGUGCCCUAAAUGUCUGGAAGAUUCAUCAGUUGCAUGCAUUAUUACUUCAAUGUUUUUGAAGCCAUAACAUUUUCAAUUUUGCCUACUUAGAACCUGAUUAGGGAAAUUUUCCCGGUUUAAGGAACAAGUGUUUGUUUACUAUAUAAACUUCAGUUUUAUUUUAAACUAGUUUCUUUACAAUAUUAGUACUCAGCUUGUAACGGCUUUUUAUGCUUUAGGAUCUAGUUUUGGUCA